GGUGUCACACCAUGAUACAGUUCCAGGUAUUAUUAGUGCUUCUGCUUGUUUAUAACAUGGUGGCUUGUCAACAAAAUACUCUCAAAACUAUUGAAGAAAGAAGACGUGAGUUUCUAGAGAGCCUUGGUAGGAAACUGACCGUCGAGAAUAACAAAACUUUGGAAACAGAUUUGACUGAAAAGGAUUCUCCAGAGCAGCCGAGAACUCCUAGGCAGCGGGAUUUCUUAGAUAUUUUGGAGGAUUCGGAGGAUACUUUUGAAUUCGAAGGAUCCAGAGAACCUCCGAGAGUAUUUAGCACUGGACAAGACCCCUUUGUAAACCUUCCAGAUCCGUUCGAACCAAUUGAUUCACUCACUCAGCUUCUCAGUGCUAGGGAGCGGAAUACAGCCAUCGGAGGAAUUCUCACCCAGUUCGAUCAGUUCGGAACUAAAACUUUAUUAGGUCGAAGUGUAUUUGGGUUGGAUGAGUCAGGAGGAAACGUUGUUCAAGUCUUAGAAUCAUCAUCUCAGUUCUCUGUAUUUAUCAAAACACUGAUCAAUACAGGUCUAUAUGAAGGAUUAAAGGAAUCUGGACCUUUCACAGUUUUUGCAGUUUCUAACUCUGCAUUCAGUCAGUAUAGCAGGAAUACUUUAAAGGCACUUUUCGAUUCUAAAACAGAGUUAAGACGAGUUCUGUUGAGACAUGUAUCCCGGCAACGUAUAUCCAGUCUAUCAAUACCUAGUGGUGUAUCUCAAAUAGAUAUGGCGGACAGAAAGAAGGUAACUAUAGGAUCCCUGGGAGGUAGAAUAGCCCUGUAUUCUUGUAACGGUGCAGCACAGGUUGUGGAAAUGGAUCAUUUUACAUCAAACGGAAUAAUUCAUAUUGUGGACGAUAUAUUGUAACUAAACAACGUAUAACAUUGCAUAGAUAUAUUUACUUUUGUUUACAUUUUAAUAAAUCUAUGAAGCUAAAA